AUGGCCAUAAUUACAUCAACCAAAACACUCACCAAAACCACACACCGGAUGGUUCACUCAGGACCCAUUACACCACUUCCCAACAAGGAUGAUGAAAAAUUUGCAAAGAAUUACAUGAAAAAACUCAAUAUGGAAGAGGAGAACAAGUCGUCUUUUGGACGCAAGAUCAAUGAGAUGAGCUUGAAGCUGGGCUCACACCCUGAAAAACCUCUUGGCCCUGAGUCCACCCCUCCAGUCACCCCUGAUGCAUGUGACCCUAAUCUGGUCAUGGAUGCUGUAACAACCCUUCGUGGAGAGAAAAUCUUUUUUGUGAACAGGUUCUUCUGGCGCGUCCACCCUGAGUUCACCCUCGAGCAACAUCUAAUCAAGUACUUCUGGCCAGAACUUCCUAAUAAUAUUGAUGCUGCUUUUGAGGAUGAAUCAGCUGAUCUGGUGUACAUCUUCAAAGGUCAGAAAGUCUGGGCUCUUAGAGCUUUUGACAUUGUGGAACGUUUGGAUCUUGGUAGCUUCAAGUUGCCAGAUGCUGUAAAGCGCAUAGACGCUGCCUUUUAUGACGAAAAUUCUAAAAGGGUGUUGUUUAUUGUUGGCAGGUCAUACUACAGCUAUGACAUUGACAAAAAGGUGAUGGACCAAGGAGCCCCGAAACCUGUGGAACAAAUCUUCCCAGGAAUGUCAGAAAUGGUUACUGCAGCUUUCCAGGAAGAUGGUAAUACCUAUCUCUUCAGCGGGUCAGGUAUUUUCCAUUUCAGUAACGGAAAGCUGGUGAAUACGCUGAAAACCAACCACUUUUUCAAGUGCUAGUUUUUCAGACUUAAAUGCCCCACAGGCCAAACGCAUUACUCAACAAAUGGAAAUUAAUUUGUAGAGUAAAUUAUCAAACAUUUUACAACAUAGCAAUGUAUUUUAAAAUAGCAC